AGCCGGGCGCCCAGCAGCGCACCCCUCGCCUUCCCGGGCUUCCCCGCCGCGCCGCUCGGACCCUGCCGGUUGCAGCCAUGGCGUUCGCGAGCUGGUGGUACCAGACGCAUGCCAAUGAAAAAACCAGCGGAUCACCUUCCAAACCAGGAGAAAAGAAAGGACCAGAUGAGAAAAAGGCGGCCAGCCUCGGGAGCGGUCAGUCUUCCAGAACCAGCACUGGUGGAGCAGUCCCAGCGGCCAAGGUGUCGGCGUCCUCUGCUGCAGCCAGCAAGCCGUUCAGCAUGAACCCCGCAGAGGCCAAGGCCGUUCCAGUCAGCACAGAGAUGGAAGGACCACAUCCCCAUAGCAAGAAAAGACACAGAAGACAGGAUGCAAAAACAGAACCUGAUAAGUCGCAGUCAACUAAGCCACCUGUGGAUCAUGAAAAGAAGCCCCAGGAAGGAAAGCCAAAGGAACACGCCAAGCCAAAAAGUGCACACAAGCAUGCAUCGGAUGGAGAAGGCAAGCAUGGUCGUACAGAAAAGACAGCUUCCAGAUCAAAGGAGCCAGUGAUGCCAGUGAAAGCAACAGAACCGGAGACUAAACCACAGGACACGAAGCCCGCUGGUGGGAAGAGCGUCGUUGCUGGAACGGCGGCAGCACCUGGCAAAGCAGGCGACCAGAAGAAAGAAAAGAAAUCAUUAGCAGCUGCUGCUCUAACUGAACCGAAGCCUGAUGAACCGUCUGGAAAGUCAGGCAUGGAUGCUGCUUUGGAUGACUUAAUAGACACUUUGGGAGAGCCCAGCGAAACACAAGAAGAUUCCACAGCUUACACCGGACCAGAAGUUUCAGAUCCAAUGAGUUCCACCUACAUAGAAGAAUUGGGUAAAAGAGAAGUUACAAUUCCUCCAAAGUACAGGGAACUUCUAGAGAAAAAAAUAGGGGUCGCAGGGCCUCCUCCAGACUCCGUGACGCCCUUGGGCCCCGACGAUGCCAUCGACGCCCUGUCAUCUGACUUCACCUGCAGCUCUCCCGUGGCCGGUGGGAAGGAAGCCGGGAAGGAGGCAGCGAAAUCUGCAGGAGAGGUUUUGGAAGCUCAGUCUGCCAAAGUCAUGAGAGCUGCAGCUCCACCCCAGGAGAAGAAGAGAAAGGUGGAGGAGGAUGCAAUGAGUGACCAGGCACUUGAGGCUCUGUCAGCUUCGCUGGGCACCCGGAUGGCAGAACCUGAGCUGGAUCUGAGCUCCAUCAAGGAAGUGGACGAGGCGAAAGCUAAAGAAGAAAAAGUAGAGAAGUGCGGUGAAGAUGAUGAAACCGUCCCAGCGGAGUACAGACUGAAACCAGCCACGGAUAAAGAUGGAAAGCCGCUGUUGCCAGAGCCUGAAGAGAAACCAAAGCCUCGGAGUGAGUCAGAACUUAUUGACGAACUUUCCAAGGAUUUUAGUCAGGCUAAGAGUAACGAAAAGCAGCCUAAGCCAACUGGAAAAACAGAAGAGUCCAAGGCUGCCGUCCCUGCUCCGGUGGCCGAAGCUGUGCCUCGGACGUCCAUGUGCAGUGUACAGUCGGCGCCACCCAAGCCUGCCUCGCUGAAGGGCAUGGUGCCGGAUGAUGCCGUGGAAGCCUUGGCUGGCAGCCUUGGCAGGAAGGAGCCCGAUCCAGAAGCAGGGAAACCUGUGGCAGAUAAAGUCAAGGAGAAAUCCAAGGAAGAAGACCGGGAAAAGCUUGGUGAAAAGGAAGAAACCAUUCCCCCUGAUUAUAGAUUGGAAGAGGCUAAGGAUAAAGAUGGAAAACCACUCCCGCCAUCAGAGCCCACGGCACAACUUCCAGCCUUGAGCGAGGACCUCCUCCUGGAUGCCUUGUCUGAGGACUUCUCGGGUCCGUCGAGCGCGUCGUCUCUCAAAUUCGACGACGCCAUGCUCUCUGCUGCUGUCUCCGAAGUGGUCUCCCAAAGCCCUGCCUCCGUCACCCACGCCGCGGCCCCACCCCCUGACACUCAGCCCAGCAACAAGGAACUCGACGAUGCCUUGGAUAAACUUUCUGACAGUCUCGGGCAAAGGCAGCCUGAUCCAGAUGAGAACAAGCCCCUGGAGGACAAAGUGAAGGAAAGAGCCAAAAAGGAACACAGAGACAAGCUGGGGGAGAGAGAUGACACCAUUCCCCCCGAGUACAGGCACCUGCUGGACCAGGGCGAGCAGGACAAACCAGAGAAGCCACCUACAAAGAAAUCAAAGGAAAUAAAGAAACCUGCAGGUGACCAGGACCCCAUCGAUGCCCUCUCGGGAGACCUGGACAGCUGCCCUCCAGCCACAGAGACCUCCCAGGCCACAGAGAAGGAUAAGAGCAAGACCACGACGGCCUCCAGUUCCAAAGCUGCCAAGCAUGGAGACAAAGCAAAGGAUUCAGCCCAGACCACGGAGGAAACUUCCAAGCCAAAACCCAAUGAAAAAAAUGCAAGUUAAAAGUUUACACAGUUUGUGCUUUUGUCACAUGGCCUGUGUCCUGUGCCUCCAGUUACCUGGAUUGUUCACUGGAUUUCUCCAUUUGGGUUUUUCAAGGUACCUCAGAUGCUCGGCUGGUGGAUGGUGACUAAGAAUAAAAAGCUUUUACAACAAAAGUCUCUGUGGGUGGCUUCUGGACAGCAGCAUUGGCUGGGGUUCUUGCCAUCCUACACCUUCGUUUCCGGAAGGAAAAUGAACUUGGUUCACCUGUGUUACUGUACAAGUAUUGCUAAUUCUUUGAAUGUUUUUCAAUUGCCUUUAGCUGUGAGAGAAAGGAAGCUUUAUAUUUUUAAGAAAUAUUUGAUAAGCAAUGCCAAAAACUUUGCAAACUUUUGCACAUUCUACACACAGUGCCUAUAAAUCUUAGUAUUUUCAGUUUGCACUUUUAGCUUCUGCCAAACAAUGCUUUAGACAGUCUUCAGUGUUCUGACGUCUUACCUCCUCUCCUUGGGGUUUAAGUAUUAGAUGUUUCUUUGGGUAUUAAUGUUCAUGAGUCAAAAUUAUUGUACAUUGGGCACCUCUGUUGGGCUAAUAAAUAACCUGAACAAAACCCAGCAGUACCAAC